UAAUCAAACCGUUCACUAACGGAAGAGAAAGAUAAAGAUCCCAAAAUGGCCACUACUUUGAUACCCAUUCGAGUUGUCGGACUUAAAGCGUCCGCCACCUCCGGCAACCCAAGGACUGGUCCCGAUCGCCGGAAAAGCUCUUCUGCCAACUGGUGGACCCCGUUGUUCGGUUGGUCCUCCGAACCCGACUACAUUGACUCCACCAACAAAGCGUCGAGUCUCCAACAGACUACGCCGGAACCCGUUUCGGAUGCGAUGGAGUCGAAGGCGUCGAGACCGCGCUUCGCCGGUGGCUUCACGGAGGAGAAGGCGAAGCAGCUUCGGUUGAUGACAGUCGGCACCCAGGCCUUUCACGACACCAUGUACCACUCCGCCAUCGCUUCUCGACUCGCCUCUGACUUCAAGUCCCGUACCGAUUUGUAAACUUUCCGGCGCCGGCGACUUCACAUGGCUUACUAUUCUUUCUUUAUUGCAUUUUGUGAAUUGCUUGUAUCCAGAUUUCAGGGUUUCGAUGUAAGCGUCGAUGCAAAUUGAUUUAUAACAGUGUAGCAUUUAGAUAGUGAUCAACGGAUGCAAUCACGUGUAUAUAACAUGGAUUAAGGAGUAAAAAUAUGAUUAAUGAUCCAUUAUUCUGUUGUUUCGAAUUUUAAUCUGAAUUAUUUGAUUGAUUUGACUUUCGUUUUGCGUGGAGUGUGAGGGAGUAGUGGGAUGAAUCAGCAGCAUUAUCCAUUUUUUAGUCGGUGGAUCGGAUCUAACGCAAAUGUAGUUACCAACUGGGCGAAGGGGCGUUAAUGUCUUAUAACUAACUAAGUAAUUAAUUGGAACGUUGAACGCAGCGUUGCGGGUCCCAUCGUCAUUAAACUGGUGUUCACCGCGGGUGGAGAGGCGCGUGUGGACGAGUAACAAGUAGGAGUAUCUGAUACGAAGGGAAUAUUUGAGAAUUUGAAAUGCUGGGUUAAGCAUCCAUCCAGGGAAUAUGCCGAGGCUCUUCCUCUCAGUCUCUGUCUGCUAAAUAAGAAUAUUGUCAUAGUGGUCUCUUGUCUGUAAGGCUACUGUAGCUGCAAAUUGCGCUACGGAAUCUCAAAGCAUAUUUGCUUUGAACGGUGAUAGCUUUCAUUUGUAUGACCUUUUAAUCUAGUUUACUCACCUUCCAACAUGGGUUUUUCAAACUUCAGUUUUGUACCUGUAGCUACCCAAUAUUUAUAGAACUUCAUUUACAUUGAGAACA